AUGAAACUAACCUUCUCGUCUUCGAUAGUCUGCUUGAGGUUGAAGGCAUAUGACUCGAGUCCGUUCUUGGCUCCGAUGCGGUCCUUUUGGGCUUCAUCGUCGGCCUUAAAGACGUCCCUUGUCGUUGGUGAUGGUGAUCUUGUUCUGCUUUCCGGUGGACUUGUCGGUGGCGGAAACGUUCAAGAUUCCGUUAGCAUCAAUAUCGAAGGUAACUUCGAUUUGUGGGACUCCACGUGGUGCUGGUGGGAUUCCGGAGAGCUCGAACUUUCCAAGCAAGUUGUUGUCCUUGGUCAUGGCACGCUCUCCUUCGUAGACCUGGAUCAAGACUCCUGGUUGGUUGUCGGAGUAGGUGGUGAAGGUUUGAGCGGUCUUGGUUGGGAUGGUGGUGUUUCUCUUGAUGAGAGCAGUCAUGACACCUCCGGCAGUCUCAAUACCGAGAGAAAGUGGGGCAACGUCGAGAAGGAGAAGAUCUUGGACAGCCUCCGAUUUGUCUCCGGAGAGGAUGGCGGCUUGAACAGCAGCUCCAUAGGCAACAGCCUCGUCUGGGUUGAUAGACUUGUUGAGUUCCUUUCCGGAGAAGAGGUCAGAAAGAAGUUUCUGGACCUUUGGGAUACGAGUGGAUCCUCCGACGAGAACGAUGUCGUGGACCUGAAAAUAAGAUUUGUGAAAUGGUUCGAGAUUAUUGUUAAGACGACUAAGAAACUGACAACACAUGGGAAGCGAAACACCGGAACAGACGAGGAAAGACCUAGAUGGCAGGCCGGUGAUAUAACUUACUUGACUCUUGUCCAUCUUGGCGUCACGGAGGGACUUCUCGACUGGGUCCAUGGUGGAUCUGAAGAGAUCAGCGCAGAGCUCCUCGAAACGAGCACGAGUGAUGUUGGUGUAGAAAUCGAUUCCCUCGAAGAGAGAGUCGAUCUCAAUCGAAGCCUGGGAUGA